CGCGAAACACUCCGUGCCCUUUGGGUCGGGAUUCAAGCCACGACCUCAAUAGUCUCACGCCGAGCCUGGGCUGUACCUGGCGCAAGUUCGCUGGUCACUUUGGCAUGAGGUUGGCAAGAUGUACGCUGUUGAUCUUUUUUAUGGCGGGUCUAUGUCUCGUCUCCUCGGAAGUCGACUAUUCGGAAGAACAGUGGAAAACAAGGUACGCUCCUUUGAAAUGCGAAAAGCCACCUAAAAUCUUCCACAAGCCUACAAAAUAUCAGCUGUGGUUCUACAAUGUCACUGCGACGAAGUGCGAACCUUUCUUCUCGAAAACAAAUAUCCAGCACGGAAACAGUUUUGGAUCAAAGAAAGCCUGUAACGAAUUCUGCAGAGACAAGCAUUACGGAAUGUGUGCCACUGCCAAGAAUGAAAGUUUGUGUUGGAAACACGCGGAGCCUCGUUUUUGGUUCAACCCUGACACAAGAAAGUGCGAAAUGUUUCGGUACGGUGGUUGUGAUCCAAACAGUAACGUUUUCCGCACAAUGUUUGAAUGCAUUCAGGAAUGCGCAGAAUUCAUGGAUGAAAUUUGCAAUCUGCCUAUAGACGAAGGCAACUGCCUGUGGAAGGAGGUGCGCUUCGGCUACAACCCGUCGUUCAGAGCUUGCGAGGCCUUCAACUACACCGGGUGCGGUGGAAACCGAAACAACUUCAAAAGUGCACACAGCUGCUUGAUGACGUGCGCAAGGGAUUCCAGGUGCUUGAAACACACCGAAGAGAAUUUCGCAUUCUUCAGACUCAUAGUGACCUACUUUUACGACGCAGUGAAGAACGAGUGCAGACCAACAAGGACGUUUUUUCGUAAGAGUGCGGCACCGAAGUACAAUAGGUUUUUGACCAAGGCAGAAUGCGAGCGAGUGUGCAUGAGAAAACACAUACCGAGAUUCACUUUUCAAUGAACUGCCUGCACACACAAUAUCCCAGCUCCAGCGACCUUGCAUUCACUGCACCACUUGCCAGAAGUCAUCUUCGUCUACGUUGGAGUCGCAAGUGCCAAGGGUGGUACGACAACGCGUUGCUUCAAUACCCAAAGCUCAAAAAGAAUUCCGAGCAACAAAUUGAUUUUGCGUAAAUUACAGCGUGCUCAAAUAAAAGCACGUUUCAAAGUUGUUCGAAAGAGUAA